UUGCGAAAUUGCGCGUUUCCAUUAGGUGUAUUUUCAAUUCACAAUUUCAAUUUGCGCAAUUUGAAGGGUAAUGGAAACGCGCCUACUUACUGAUGUAGAGAGAGUGAGAGAGUCUAUUUCAUUUUCGUUAACUUUUUUAACACAUUUCUUUUCAUAAUUACGAAUUUCCGAACUCUUAAGCAGGGACUUCCCAGGAGAGCGUGAACACAUAAAUCAGCUUUCAGUUUUUGCGCGCAGCUCUUUCUAUCUUCCUCAACGACAAGGUAUGCAACGGGUUAAGGAGCGGGGCUUCAGAGUCCUCUUCGCCACGAUGAACAAAUGAACUCUUGGGGAAUGAAAUUUAAAUUCCAUAAAGGAGAAAAAGUUCUCUGUUUUGAACCUGACCCAUCCAAGGCCAAGGUGCUCUACGAUGCAAAGGUUGUUGAUAUCGCAACAGUAAAAGAUGAGAAGGGGAAAAGGGUCCCAAAGUAUCUGAUUCAUUUCAAUGGUUGGAAUAGAAGUUGGGAUCGAUGGGCUGCAGAGGAUCAUGUGCUCAGAGAUUCUGAAAAUAAUCGCAAAUUACAACGUAAACUGGCACGAAAAGCUUUGGCUCGCAUGCGGAAAAAGGGAUGGAAGAAACGACGCUGUCGUCUGCCAGGUGUUAACCCAAUAUUGAAGUCCCUCACUGAAGAGGAAAAGGAGAAGAGUGAUGAUGCUUCUUUGAUUUCGCCAUUUGAUGAUAGUGACAAAGACAUUUCAGACCAGGAGUCCUUAAAAAGUGAAAGUGCCUCAUCGGAAGAAAUUAACAGUAUGAGGGAAGAGCAGGAGCCACAAACCAAAAGGGAGAGUGAAGACAAGAGCAUCACUGUAAACAUUGACAUCCCUGAUGUUCUCAAGAAGAAGCUGGAGGAUGACUGUUACUAUAUCAACAAAAGAAAGAAGCUGGUGAAGCUUCCAUGCCUGAUGAAUAUAGUAAACAUUCUGGAGUCCUAUGUGAAGCACUUCACCCUAAAUGCAGCUUUCUCAGCUAAUGAGCGCUGUCUGCACCCUCAGAGCUCCACACAGACUAAUAUGAGUCCACACUAUAUGCCACCUGAGAGGAAUGAGGAGCUCUGUAAAGAAAUGGUGGAUGGUUUGAGGAUAACAUUUGACUUUACCCUUCCACUAAUCCUACUCUACCCAAGUGAACAAGCUCAGUUCAAAAAAGUCAGCUUCUCCAAGUUCUUCCAGCCAAUCAUUGACAGCGCAACCUGCACCAGUAGGACUUUCAGAGAACGAUCCCCCAGUCCUGGCCAGAAUCCCUCUACCCCCCAGUCCACAGACAGCCAACCAGCUCUGAGUGAAUCCUCCAGUGUCCCCGUCAUCAUGGCAACCCCACCUAAGCGCAGACGCUGUGCCUACCUGGAUUCCGAUUCCACCCAAUCUUUGCGUCGCUCAACACGCAAUACAUCUGGAGGGGAUCGAGCGGCAGAGCCUGGGGGUGGAGGCAGCAGCAAUGCCUCUCCUCAACCAAAGCGAAGGCCUGCUGAGGUGCAGGCACCACUACCCAAGUUCUUCCUCAACCUAGAGAAGAAGACUCCUGUUCACAGUGGCUCCUCCUCUCCUUUGCCCUUGACACCCAGCAGGGAUUGCACUGGAGGGCUUUUCUCAGGGCUGGAAACCCAGAGGAACUACGAACUAAAUGAGGUUCUGAGCUGGAGACUGACACCAGAAAACUACCCUCAGAGUGACCAGCUUCCCCCUCCUUCUUACCUCUAUGGCGCUCAGCACCUGCUUCGGCUAUUUGUUAAACUUCCAGAAAUCUUGAGGAAGAUGCACAUACCAGAAAAGAACCUGAGGGCACUAGUGAAACACUUCGAGCUUUUCCUCAGGUUUUUGGCAGAGUUUCAUGAGGACUUCUUUCCAGAGUCUGCAUAUGUGUCUGCAACUGAAGCCCAUUACAGCAUGAAGCAACCACGCUCAGUCUUCUAAGAAUCCUUUACAGAGAGAGUUUAUAUUGUGCUGUGCUCUUCUGAACUUCUGGUCCUCCCCUGACACUGAAUGUUGAGCCUAUGUUCUUUCUACUUGCAAAUUCUAUAAAUUUCCCUGAGGUAUUUCACCUGUCCGUUUCUAACUGUUCAUUUGCAAUGUAUGAUAAAAUUUUCAUGACAAUCUUUUUUUGUUAUUGUUUAUAGUUUUAUUUGAAAGCAUUUUAAAUUCAGUUGUGCAAAAUUAUAAUUUUCUUAUUUUCUAGUUUUUCUGUCAUAUGAAUCCACCAUUACCUCAAACUUCCUUAUUUUGCUUGUCCUUUCCCUCUCAUUCCUCUGCACGAACUUAAACAAGCAGUUGCGCAAAAGCAAGAGGUUAUUGCACAUUUGCCACAUAAUUGUUGUAGUAACAUUGUAUUAAUAAUGCAUUUUUUUUAAUUAUGAGCUCCACUGAUAAUUGCUUUGUGAUUCUUUCACUCACAAAAUAUAUUUCUUUUUUUGUAUAUUACUGUAUAUAAAGUUUUCAGUGGUAAAAUGUUUCAUCUCUUUUCUUUCUGUGAAAAUAGGACAGGGCUGGGUUUUAACAAUAUUAGUGCCCCCCCCCCCCCCAUUAUUUAUAAUAAUUAAGUUCAUUAUUCCUGUGUGUUCCUGUUUCUGUGUAUUCUAUGGUGUCUUGUAGUUUAUCUAUUAAAGCCAUAAUCACUUAUGGUGCUGAUUAAUUUCUCAAUACAUUAUUCAAACUUUUGUUUCCAGUGCUUAAAGGACUUUGAAACUUGUGAUUGGUAUGAGGAAAAUACUUUUGUUGCAGCCUUUCACUGGCAUUAAUUUCACAUAUUAAAAAAAACUUUAAAAAUAGGUAAACACUUCUGUGUAAACAUGUGCAAAACUAUUUGAAGAUGUUAUUGUUUUUAUGACUGAAUUUGUAUUUAAAAAGUCUAAAUUAUCACGCUCAUAGCUUUUUCAACAUCUGUGAUGACAGACAAGGUUGUGUCCCAUUUUUUAUUUAAAGUAUUAUUUGCGACCUUGUUACUGUCAAAACAUUAUUCAUUAUCAUGCUUCAUUUGUACAUUUACCUAUACCAGUAACUUUAAAGUUAACAGAUAAUGUACUUAAUGGCUUUGUUUGCUGUUUUAAUUAUGAAAUUCACCACUCUGGCAAGUCAAGUUAGCUCAUUAAAGCACAUCAGCAUUAUUGUAGAUUUGAGUAAAAGUUAUCAAGUUAUUUUAAU